CAUGUGGGAUCUUCCUGGACUGGGGCACGAACCCGUGUCCCCUGCAUCGGCAGGCGGACUCUCAACCACUGCGCCACCAGGGAAGCCCACUCUACUUUUUUUAUCAUAACACCAAUUAUAGUAAACUCCCACAUUGUCAGUUCUGAAUAUUAUAAUUAUUACUAGCUUCAUGUACUUGCAAAAGCUGUAAAGUGGAGAUAAGAAUGACUGCUUUGUCUGCUCCCCAAUUUAUAACUAAAAUCAAAUGAAAAAAAGAGUCUGAAAGCAUUUUGGUUGUUUGUGUUUAAGCCUUUUAUUACAGAAAACUUCAAACAUAACACAGAAGUAGAGUAAUACAAUGAACUUCCAUAUUCUCAACCUCACUUCAACAAUUAUUGACUCAUGGCCACCAGUCUUAUAUCAAUUAUACAUUGGCUUUCUCCUGUAUUAUUUUGAAGCCAACCUAGACAUUAUACCAUUUCAUUCAUAAAUAGGAAAACAUUUUUAUGAACUAAAGUUCUAGGUCAGUGUAAGGAUUAUCUUGGAAUGAAGUGAAAAUGCAAUCUUAGAAAUAUGUUGAAUUCCAGUAAUUAUAAAAGUGUUCUAGAAAGGAGAAAAGUUAAUAUCUGGUUGAGAUAUACAAAGGGUUAAUUGAGCAAGACUUCCUGAGGUUAAAGAGCUUUGAAUUUUUAUUUUAAAAAGGGAGUGAGUAAUGAACCAGAAGAGGGAGACCAUUCCCUGGUAGAUCACAGAACGCCAGCUUGGCAGGAAGAGAGGUAGGAUUGCAGAUGUUAUGGGCUGAUGCCAAAAAGGCUAGAAGAAUAAAGACAAAUAUGUGGAAGCACAAUAUAAAGUUUCAUCAACUUUCAUACCGGGAGAUGGAGCAUUUGAGACAGUUCCGUCGAGACGUCGCCAAGUGUCUUUUCCUAGGUAUUCUUUCCAUUCCACCCUUUGCCAACUACCUGGUCUUCUUGCUAAUGUACCUGUUUCCUAGGCAACUGCUGAUCCAACAUUUCUGGACCCCAAAGCAACAAAUUGAUUUCUUAGAUAUCUAUCAUGCUCUCCGGAAGCAGUCCCACCCAGAAAUUCUUUGUUAUUUAGAAAAGGUUAUCCCUCUCAUUUCUGAUUCAGGACUCCGGUGGCAUAUGACAGAAUUGUGCACCAAGAUGCAACGUGGUACCCACCCAGCAAUACAUGAUAUCCUGGCUCUGAGAGAGUGUUUCUCUAACCGUCCUCUGGGCAUGAACCAGCUCCAUGCUUUGCAGAUGAAAGCCUUGAGUCGAGCAAUGCUUCUCACACCUUAUCUGCCUCCUGUCUUGUUGAGAUACCGUUUAAAGACUCAUACCACUGUGAUUCACCAACUGGACAAGGCUUUGGCAAAGCUGGGGAUUGGUCAGCUGACUGCGCAGGAGGUGAAGUCGGCUUGUUAUCUUCGUGGCCUGAAUUCCACCCAUAUUGCUGAAGAGAGGUGUCGAACUUGGCUGGGAGAAUGGCUGCAGCUUUCCUGCAGCCUGAAAGAAGCUGAGCUGUCCCUCUUGCUACACAAUGUGGUCCUGCUUUCCAUCAACUACAUUGGGACAAGGCGCUGAGCCGACAAGGAGCGGGUGGCAUUGUCCUGCAUGCAG